AAAGGAGUCCCAAAUGGGAGGGACGCCAGCAUCCUCCACUGUGGGGACCCCCAAGCCGAGAGGGGCCCAGAACAUCAUUCCCUGACCCCCUCCCCCUUUGGAGUCUUCACCCCGGAUGCCUGGGGGAGGGGGCCCAGGAAGGGGAAGUGGCCGCUUCUGCUUCUGAUAUUUGUGAUGGGGGCAGGGUGUCACGACCGCUGAUGGAGAGGCCGACGCGGCAGAAUCUCCACCCGGCUCCUCCAUAAUCAGGGGAGGGGGCAUUGCUGAUCUGGAGUCCACAGAAGGGGGGCUGUGGCAGAAGUGUGGCAAGGGCUACCCCCGGCUCCAGAGAGCAGGAAGAGGUACAGUGACAUCUUCCGGAGCCUGGAUAACCUCGAGAUCUCCCUGGGGAACGUGACCCUUGAGAUGCUGCCUGGAGACCCCGUGCUCUCAGGAGACCCAGAGUCUGACAAGACCCCCACAGCCAAUGAGACCAGUGAAACCAGCCUUUGGAGUCGCCCCUCCACGGAGGGUCCGGCGCCCCUUACAGGGGAGGAGCUGGACUUGCGGCUCAUUCGGACCACGGGCGGCGUGGAUGCAGCUCUGGAGUAUGCCAAGACCUGGAGCCGCUAUGCCAAGGAGCUGCUGGCCUGGACAGAGAAGAGAGCCAGCCUUGAGCUGGAGUUUGCCAAAAGCAUCAUGAAGAUCGCCGAGGCUGGCAAGGUGUCAAUCCACCAGCAGAACCACAUGCCACUGCAGUACAUCUACACCCUGUUUCUGGAACACGACCUCAGCCUGGGAGCUCUGGCCAUGGAAACAGUGGCCCAGCAGAAAAGAGAUUACUACCAGCCCCUGGCGGCAAAACGAAAUGAGAUUGAGAAGUGGCGGAAAGAGUUUAAGGAGCAGUGGACGAAAGAGCAGAAGCGGAUGAAUGAUGCAGUGCAGGCGCUGCGGAGGGCCCAGCUCCAGUAUGUACAGCGCAGCGAGGACCUGUGGGUUCGCUCCCAGGCGUCCCCCGAGGACCCGGCACCCCAGGCCUCCCCAGGGCCCAGCAAACAGCAGGAGCGGCGGCGGCGAUCUCGAGAGGAGGCCCAGGCCAAGGUGCAGGAGGCCAUGGCGCUGUACCAGAUGUGCGUCCGCGAGGCCAACGCGCGGCAGCAAGACCUAGAGGCCGCCAAACAGCGGAUCGUGUCGCACGUGCGCAAGCUGGUGCUGCAGGGGGACGAAGUGCUGAGGCGGGUGACCCUGGGACUGUUCAGGCUCCGAGGGGCGCAGGCAGAGCGGGGACCCCGCGCCUUCUCUGCCCUGGCCGAGUGCUGCGAGCCCUUCGAGCCCGGCCAGCGCUACCAGGAGUUCGUGAGGGUGCUGCAGCCCGAGGCCCCGCCACCCCCUCCGCCGGCUUUCUCCUUCCAGGAGUUUGUACCCGCUGCGCACAGCUCUCCUCUGGACACAAGAAAGAAGCUCUCCUGCCCCCCACCACCACGGCUGGAUGAAAGUGCCUCGGAGGCAGGCCCCUGGGAAGAUGCAGGCACAGGCUGGCAGGGAACUCCAGGCCGGACUCCCGGUGGCGAUGCGGACAGUGUGGGUGGUGGCAGCGAGUCCCGGUCCCUGGACUCUCCGACUUCCAGCCCAGGCUCUGGCACAAGGCGGUUGGUGAAGGUCUCAUCCAUAGGCACCGAGUCCUCAGAUGACUUUGAAGAGCGAGACCCUGACCUGGUAGAUGGGCUGGAGAACGGCCUAGGAAGCCCCUUCAGGAAGUGGACGCUGUCCAAUGCGGCCCAGACCCACCGGCUGCGGCGGCUCCGGGGCCCAGCCAAGUGCCGCGAGUGUGACGCCUUCAUGGUCAGCGGGACUGAGUGCGAGGAGUGCUUUCUGACCUGCCACAAGCGCUGCCUGGAGACUCUACUGAUCCUCUGUGGACAUAGGCGGCUCCCAGCCCGGACCCCCCUCUUUGGGGUUGACUUCCUGCAGCUGCCCAGGGACUUCCCGGAGGAGGUGCCCUUUGUGAUCACCAAGUGCACAGCCGAGAUAGAACAGCGUGCCCUGGGUGUGCAGGGCAUUUACCGGGUCAGUGGGUCCCGGGUCCGCGUGGAGCGGCUGUGCCAGGCUUUUGAGAAUGGUCGAGCAUUGGUGGACAUGUCAGGAAACUCGCCUCAUGAUGUCUCGAGUGUUCUCAAGAGAUUCCUCCAGGAGCUCACUGACCCCGUGGUCCCCUUCCACCUCUACGACGCCUUCAUCUCUCUGGCUAAGACCCUGCAUGCAGACCCGGGGCACGACCCUGGGACCCCCAGCCCCAGCCCUGAGGUUAUCCGCUCGCUGAAGACCCUCUUGGUGCAGCUGCCUGACUCUAACUACAGCACCCUGCGGCACCUGGUGGCCCAUCUGUUCAGGGUGGCUGCACAGUUUGAGGAAAACAAGAUGUCUGCCAACAACCUGGGCAUUGUGUUUGGCCCAACACUGCUGCGGCCACCGGAUGGUCCCAGGACAGCUGGUGCCGGCCCUGUCACCUGCCUACUAGACUCUGGGCACCAGGCCCAGCUCGUCGAGUUCCUCAUUGUAUACUACGAGCAAAUCUUUGGGAUGGACGACCUCCCCGUGGCCACUGAGCCCCUGCCCCAAGACCCCAGUCCAGCCCCUGGACCUCUCCUAAACAACAACCCCCAGCCACCACCCUCUGACCUUGCUCCAGAUCCCCUGCCCCCAGUCCUAGCAUCAGACCCCGACCCAGACCCUGAGCCCCACGGUACCUUGGAGAAACAUCCUGAGGCCACACCUCCUGAGAUUCCAACUCCACAAAGUGACCAGAGAGACAUGGUUGAGGACACCAGAGAGGAGGGAGGGGAAGUGUCCAGCCAAGGUCCAGAGGACUCACUGCUGGGGACACAAUCCCGUGGACACUUCAGCCGUCAGCCAGUGAAAUAUCCCCGGGGCGGCGUGCGGCCUGUCACCCACCAGCUGUCCAGCUUGGCCCAGGUAGCUUCCAAAUUGAGCGAAGAGACCCCUGUUGCAUCAGUGACCCGAGGGAGUUUGCGGAGGCGGGGACCUGGCCCUGUCACCUCCUCCUCGCCUGAGGGCAGCCCUCUGCGCCGCACCCCACUGCCCAAGCAUUUUGAGAUCACCCAGGAGACAGCCCGGCUCCUGUCCAAGCUACACAAUGAAGCUGUGCCCAAGGCCACCUGUUGUCCAGACCCCCAACCUGAGGAAGUCGAGGACCAUCUCUGACCAUCCCAGCAUUCUGACUGAGGAGUAAAGGACUGAGAGGGUGUUCGGUGUUGCGGGGGUGGGGGUGGAAUCUGCAGAGUUCCUGUAAGGAAAGACUACAUGGCCUGGGAGACUAAAACCCUUGUUGGGACAAUAUACCAGGAUUCCCCCGACUAGACACAGGUCACUGCCCAUUAGGGCCACUCAGGUUCAGAGGUGAGUCGGGGUCAGUACUCAGGGUCAAUACAAGUCCUGGGAUCCUUGGUGUCCACCGUAGUGUCUGACUCCUGAACAGGGCUGCCUUUUGCUACUUUGGAUGUGGCCAGUCCCCCACUUCUGCCUACUUCCUUAGCUGACCUCGGGUGACCAGCUUUUGGAAGGUGUGGGCAGCCCAGACUCCACAUCCUGGUGGUACCCGGGGUCUGAUGACCUGGGAAUAAACUGGGUCCCUUAUA